GGAACCCAAAUUUUGUCUACGUAGCACUGAUCUAAACAGAGCACUGGUACGUAGACAAAAAUCGACGUAGUUUUCUCUUCAUCCGCACUCUAAAUUGUCUUGGUCAUUUCGUCGCCAGCUCACUGUCUCAGCCCAUCAGCAUUUGCAGCGAUGGUCGCCAAACAGAGGAUUCGCAUGGCCAACGAGAAGCACAGCAAAAACAUCAGCCAGAGAGGCAACGUCAAAUCAACGAGAAACAACGUAGACGACAAAGUUUCGGUGGGACCAUGGCUCCUGGCACUCUUCAUCUUUGUUGUCUGCGGCUCAGCAAUAUUCCAGAUCAUUCAGAGCAUUCGAAUGGGUAUGUAAGGAGGACCAGUUCUGCAUACCGUGGCCAACUUUGCCAAGGAGUCUCUCUCAAAUGCUUUUUCUUAAUUUUAUUGAUUUAUCUUCUGUGAAUUGCAACAAUCUUGUCAUUCCUCUCUGGUGCCUUUUCAAUGAAGGAAAAUCAAAAAGCCAUAAAAAUCCAUUCAGAUCAAUUAUGUUAUUCCGUAUUGUCGGUUUAUUUUGAUUUCAUGUAAAAAUCGUGACAUGUUGCAAUGAGGGAUGUGAUUUUGUAAUGUCUGACUUCUCAUUCAUUCCUAAAAUAAUUGUGCUCAAAUUAUUUGAUGUGAGGGCAGAAGUGAUGCAUCACGACCCCCCCCCCCCCCAAAAUCCAAUCCAUAUCUCGAAUUUAAAAUGUCUUACUAGUGUAAUUUCUAUGCUGAUAAAAUGUGGCUCACAGCCACACUUUAUAUUAUUUUCCUUUUUCUUAUUUUGCUUUUAAAUUUAAAGGAAUAAUUCACCCAAAAAUGAUAAUCUGUACACGCACUCUGCGGGGAAGUGUAAUCGAGCUUUAAAUCAUCAUUGCGCCAAGGAGCCUGCUGAUGUAAAUAUUUAUAGUGAAAAAGGAGUUACAUUUUGCUCCAUUUCUUACCUAAAACUGAUCGUAUAGCUUCAGAAGACAUGGAUUAAACCACUUGAGUCUUAUCGAUUGCGUUUAUGCUGCCUUUAUGUUCUUUUUGGAGCUUGAAAGUGUUGAACCCCAUUGACUUGCAUUGUAUGGACAAAACACAGCAUAUCUUCAAAAUAUCUGCGUAUGUGUUUUGCAGAAGUCAUACGAGUUAGAGGUGGUAUAAGGGUGAGUAAAUAAUGAGAGAAUUUUAAUUUUUGGGUGAACUAUUUAAUAGUCUUUAAUAGUUGCCUCUGUGUAUUUUCCUGUUCUUUCCAGAAUAUUGAACUUCUAACAGAAUAAUCUUAGUUCUCUGGCACAUGUACAGUAUUCUUGUCAUUGUGGUGAUGUUUACCAUAGUACAAGGAGGCUUAGCCAUUCCACUCUUGUCUUAGAACAUAUAUGUCAUGAUAGCAUAACGGAGUAACGAGAGAGUGAGACUUUAAUAAAAUGUUUUAAAAGAAAGAACCCUUUUCCUUUCUUUUUUGAGUAAAUUAGCUUAGAUGACAAUCUGAAUUUAUGUAAUUUAACCACCAUUUGCCUAAACCCAGAGGUGCAUAUUGUUUGCAUUUACAGAGAAAGAGAGUGUACAGAAUAUUAAAUUGAUUUUGAAGCAUAAACAUUUAAAGCUUGGUCAAAGUAAUAUGCCAGAAUUGUUCUAGGAUGAAAAACUGAAAAAAGGUCAUAAGGGUGCAAUCCAGUAGGGUUGAUGAAAUGAACCCUCUGUGAAUUGUGUUUACACUAGCCUGAAAUUGGGGAAGAGAAACAAUGUACUGUCGAAAACUUGACUGGGGUUUGCUGACUUAUGUCUGUGGUUAAGGAAUAUGUCAACUGUGUCAAACGUGAAAUGGAGCAAUUUAUUUACUGGUCAUGGUAUCACACACACUGUGUUAAAAUCUGUUGCUUGGGAGUAGUGGUGGCUCAGCAGUUAAGGCUCUGGGUUACUGAUCAGAAGAUUGGGGGUUCAAGCCCCAGCACUGCCACUGUUGGUUUGAAAGUCUGCUCCACGGGUGCUGCAUCAUGGCUGACCCUGCACUCUGAACCCAGCUGAGUUGAAAAAAAUAUGUGAAAAAAAAAAAAAUUUCACUUUAUAUGUGCAAAUGUAUAAUGUGUGAUAAAUAAAAUUAAUUAAAAAUUAAAAAAAAUUAAGACACGGAUAAGCUGAUGGAGAUGUGUCAUGAUGCCAAAUGUUUCUAUAUCAUUAUCUGAGUGUCAACUGUAUGGACAUUGAGUAAACUGAAAAGACAGACUGAACACAUAAGUCUCCAAGUGAUUGGAAACUGGCUCCUGAUGGACAUUCAGAAAAAAUCCUACAACUCAGAAUGAAUUAAUAAUACCAUGCCACAUAAACUCAACAUCAAAAAAUGUCAAAUAUGAAACUAAUUUUUGAAUGUGCAAAGGUGCUGAGACUGUUUGAAUAAAAAAAAAAUUUUUUUUAAUGGAGAAUAAGGGUUAUUGACAUAAGUUUGUUCAGUGUGAUACAGAUAAAAAAUCUGAACACGUGUGAAGUUCGUAGAAAUGCAAUCUUUGUGUUUCAAAACAUUGAUAGCAUUUAAAAAAAAAAAAAAGAUUUGAUGACUUCAAUAAACUAAAAUAUAUUUAAAUACUUUAAUUGCACCUUGACCACAUGUUUAUGCUACACUCUUUAAUUUCAAGAAUUUUGGAAAAUUUUUCCAGGUACAUUUUUUUUACUUUUUUUUUUUUUUUUUUAUAAUGAUUUUGAGUCAUGGAAUUCUCUAAUUUUUACUCUUUGUGACCUGAACAGUAUGUGCCUUUUCAUAAAAAUGUCAAAAUAUCUGAUUUGUAAAAUUGCUUUUUUUUUUUUUUUUUUACCAGGUCACGGGGUCUAAGGGGUCUUUUUUUUGUUUUAUUGUUUUAUUGUCAUGACAUCACAAUGGCUUUUGGCCUGUUGGCUACACCAUCUGACUUAAAAUUGGUGGA